GUAAGCAAACUCCUCCAAUAUGUCUGCGCCCGAUGAAGACACGUUUGGUGAGGAAGGAGCCGACAUGGUGGAGAUGGGCGAAGCUGGUAGCGAUGAUGAUGAAGGUGUAGACAUGGAAGAGGAAGGAGCAGAUGGAGAUGCGGAGAAGAAGGUGUACGUCCCCGGGAUCGAGCCGCUUCAGCCCGGCCAGGAGCUGGAGAUGGACCGGUCAGCCUACCGCAUGUACCAUGAGUGCCAAACAGGUGCUCCAUGUCUGAGUUUUGACGUGCUGGGAGAUGGAGAAGGAGAAGGCAGGGAGCAGUUCCCUCUGUCCAUGCUGCUGUGUGCAGGCACACAGGCGGAAACGGCUCUCAGCAACAGACUUCUUGUCAUGCGCAUGCACAACCUUCAUGGAACAGAGAAAGACAAAGAUGAUGAGGAGAGCAGUGAUGAAGAAAGUGAUGAUGAGGUGGAUGAAGACAAGAAACCACAGCUGGAGCUGGCCAUGAUGCCUCAUUAUGGAGGCAUUAACAGAGUCAGAGUGACUCGGCAUGGAAAACAGUCUCUGGCUGCUGUGUGGUCUGAGAAAGGACAGGUAGAGAUAUUUGACCUCCAACCGCAACUGGAUGCCGUGCACAGCUCUGCUGCCAUGGCAGCUUUUGUCAACCAGCAGAAGGAAGCUACAGCUCUCUUCAGUUUUUCAGGACACAUGACUGAAGGAUUUGCUAUUGACUGGUCUCCUACAGUACCUGGUCGUCUCGUCAGUGGAGACUGCAGAAAGAACAUCCACGUCUGGGAGCCACGAGAAGGCGGGACUUCAUGGCAGAUCGACCAACGGCCUUUCAGCUCCCACAGCAAGUCUGUGGAGGAUCUGCAGUGGUCGCCCACCGAAGCUACAGUUUUUGCCUCGUGUUCGGUGGAUCAGUCUAUUCGUGUCUGGGAUAUCCGUGCUCCGCCAAACUCGAUGCUUUCAGCCGAUGGCGCCCACUCAUCAGACAUCAAUGUGAUCAGCUGGAACAAGAGUGAACCAUUUCUCCUGUCAGGAGGAGAUGACGGGCACCUGAAAGUGUGGGACCUGCGCCAAUUUAAGACUGGGCGGCCUGUUGCAAACUUCAAACAACACAGCGCCCCCAUCACCUCUGUCGAGUGGAGCCCCGUGGACUCAAGCGUGUUUGCUGCCUCAGGUGCAGAUGACGUCAUCAGUCAGUGGGACCUGUCGGUGGAGUCAUGCGAUGUUGGCGCCAGAGUGGAGGGGGUGAAGGACUUGCCCCCUCAGCUGCUGUUCCUGCAUCAGGGUCAGUCUGAGAUCAAGGAAAUCCACUGGCACCCACAGAUCCCUGGUGUGAUGAUCUCUACGGCUCUGUCAGGGUUCAACGUGUUCAGGACGAUAUCUGUGUAGUGCAUGCAUGUGCGUGAGAGAAGCAGACAGUUCUUGCAAUCCAAGUAUAUCACAUCGUGUGUGUGAUAUAAGUGGUAAUUCUUAGUAUGUUUAAUAAUGUAUAUAUCCAAGCUGUGUAGUAAUUUCUCUUUUUGACAUUCAUUGGCCAACAGAGUGCCACACUGUUAUAUUUACCAUGAAAGUUUCUGUAUGCUUUACAGAUGUGUGAACUAUUUUAGGCAUUUCCUGCUGCAUGUUUAAAAUAAAAUGAUGAA